UGGCGGGCUCCGGGAUUGGCGGGUGCUGGGCGGGCGGUGUCAGGCUCUCGGUGGCGGCGGAGGCGGCGGAGGCCAGGGAGGAAGAUGUCGUAAUGAGCGGGUCCUUCCAUUUCCUUAGCAGAAGAUGUCUGCAGGAGAGUCAGUCACCAAUUUUAGCUAAGUGAACUUGAGCCCAAGGGGAGCCUCCUGGGAGAACCCCUGCCUUCCCUUCCCAGCAGUGGCUCAGAUCCACAGACCAGCAUGGCUGCCACUGCCGCUGUCAGCCCCAGCGACUACCUGCAGCCCGCCGCCCCCAGCACCCAGGAUUCCCAGCCAUCUCCUCUAGCCCUGCUUGCCGCAACAUGUAGCAAAAUUGGCCCUCCAGCUGUUGAAGCUGCGGUGACGCCGCCUGCUCCCCCCCAGCCCACACCACGGAAACUCGUCCCCAUCAAACCUGCCCCUCUCCCUCUCAGUCCUGGCAAGAAUAGCUUCGGAAUCCUGUCCUCCAAAGGAAACAUCCUUCAGAUUCAGGGGUCACAACUGAGUGCAUCCUAUCCUGGGGGGCAGCUCGUGUUCGCUAUUCAGAAUCCCACUGUGAUCAACAAAGGGACCCGAUCAAAUGCCAAUAUCCAGUACCAGGCGGUCCCUCAGAUACAGGCGAGCAGUUCCCAGACCAUCCAGGUACAGCCCAGUCUCACCAACCAGAUCCAGAUUAUCCCUGGCACCAGCCAAGCCAUCAUCACCCCCUCACCAUCCAGUCACAAGCCUGUCCCCAUCAAGCCAGCCCCGGUUCAGAAGUCAAGUACAACUACCACCCCUGUGCAGAGUGGGGCCAAUGUGGUGAAGCUGACGGGUGGGGGCGGCAAUGUGACACUCACUCUGCCCGUCAACAACCUUGUGAACACCAGCGACUCUGGGGCCACCACUCAGCUCCUCACGGAGAGCCCCCCCACCCCUCUGUCUAAGACUAACAAGAAAGCCAGGAAGAAGAGUCUCCCUGCCUCCCAGCCCCCUGUGGCUGUGGCGGAGCAAGUGGAGACGGUGCUGAUUGAGACCACCGCGGACAACAUCAUCCAGGCAGGAAACAACCUGCUCAUUGUUCAGAGCCCUGGUGGGGGCCAGCCAGCUGUGGUCCAGCAGGUCCAGGUGGUGCCCCCCAAGGCCGAGCAGCAGCAGGUGGUACAGAUCCCCCAGCAGGCUCUGCGGGUGGUGCAGGCGGCAUCUGCUACCCUCCCCACCGUCCCCCAGAAGCCCUCCCAGAACUUUCAGAUCCAGGCGGCUGAGCCGACGCCUACUCAGACUUUUGAGACACAUUCCCAAAUUUCCCUCCAGCAAGCCCAGACCACCUACACUCCUCUUAAUGUCUACAUCCGUACGCCUUCAGGUGAGGUGCAGACGGUCCUCGUCCAGGACAGCCCCCCAACAACAGCUGCAGCCACCUCUACCACCACCUGUAGCAGCCCUGCGUCCCGUGUUUCCCAUCUGAGCGGGACCAGCAAAAAACACUCGGCCGCAAUUCUCCGGAAAGAGCGCCCCCUGCCAAAGAUCGCCCCCGCUGGAAGCAUCAUCAGUCUGAAUGCUGCCCAGCUGGCAGCAGCGGCCCAGGCCAUGCAGACCAUCAACAUCAACGGUGUUCAGGUCCAGGGUGUGCCUGUCACCAUCACCAACACCGGCGGGCAGCAGCAGCUGACAGUGCAGAAUGUCUCCGGAAACAACCUGACCAUCAGUGGGCUGAGCCCCACCCAGAUCCAGCUGCAGAUGGAGCAGGCCCUGGCUGGAGAGGCCCAGCCUGGGGAGAAGCGGCGCCGCAUGGCCUGCACAUGUCCCAACUGCAAGGAUGGGGACAAGAGGUCUGGAGAGCAGGGCAAGAAGAAACACGUGUGCCACAUCCCUGACUGCGGCAAGACUUUCCGGAAGACAUCCUUGCUACGGGCCCAUGUGCGCCUGCACACCGGCGAGCGGCCCUUUGUCUGCAACUGGUUCUUCUGUGGAAAGAGGUUCACCCGGAGUGACGAGCUCCAGCGGCACGCCCGCACCCACACAGGGGACAAACGCUUCGAAUGUGCCCAGUGUCAGAAGCGCUUCAUGAGGAGUGACCAUCUCACCAAGCAUUACAAGACCCACCUGGUCACGAAGAACUUGUAAGGCCAACUGAGGCGGGCGGCCCCGAAGAUACAGUCCCUCAUCUGCAUCCUGCCUGGGCCCCUGGUGGAAAGGAGCCCCCUCUCCUUCCCCUGCCCGGGCUGCCCUGGGCCACCCUCCGCCCCUCCCUUCUGUUCUGCGACUGUCCCCACAGGAAGGGGCUCUGCUGCCCCACACUGGCCUCUUCCUCCAGCCCCUUGGCUCCACCCUGGCCCUUCCAUCUCACCUCGAGCUCCCGGCCUGCCCAGACCAUGGACGUUGGCCGCGCCCAAUGAGACGUUCUAAACCAGGACGAGUGGGAACCCUUAUUUCCAAAGGAAAAACAUGAAUUUCACUCCGUCGAGGAGCAAAGUGAGCCCCCCUCAGUCUUCUCCCCCCCAACACUGCCGGAGUUGCAUCGUGCCAUGUCUUUCUCUCCCCUGCCCCUCCCAGGCCCCGCCAGCCACCUCGGCCACCCUGGGCCCCUGCGCCCAGGGUGCCAUUGGCAUCCACUUCCGGAGAGGCUCACGGGGCUGCCUCCACUCCACAUGCCCAGCCCUGCCACAGCUCUCCUCCAGCACAUUCCAACUUUCUAUUUAAAAAGUCAAGCUCCCCACUGAUGCCCUCUUUUUCUAUGGAGAACGUUGCCUUAUAUUCUACUUCAGAUGAUGAACACUGUGUAUUGUGUGUGCUUUACGGUUUUAUUUAAUUGCUCCCUUCCUGUCCUUGUUAUUCACCUCCCCCACACUUGCUUCAGUUUAGGGUUUGGGGGGCAGUGAUGAGCAUAUGGAUUUUUUUUUCUCACUCUACCAAUUCUCUUUUCUCAAUGACACAGCAUUUCACUCGAAUCUGGAUUCAGAUAAAAACGCCUUCACCUCUUGAUCCUCUUCCCUCUCCCCCUCAUCCCACCCCAGCUGGCCCCAGCCCUACUUGUGUACAGUGUAUAUUGUAUAAUAGACUAUUGUGUCUACUACAUGUUUAAAAACAUAUUGCUUGUUAUUUUUGAGGCUUUUAAAUUAAACAAAAAUCCAACUUUAUUUUUAGUUGUAACUGCUUGAGGUAUGUUUUAUGAAUUAAGUGACAGAUUUGUUAUCCUUUAUUAACGAUGUACUUUGUUGGUCAGCAGUGGGCUGACAAAAAUUUUUUCUUGCUAAUAAAUUUAGUUGCCUGAGGCAAAUCUGCAA